UAUUAUAUAUAUAUAUAUAUAUAUAUAUAUAUAAAUAUAUGUAUAGAUUCAUGUGUUUCUGGGUGGUUUGAAAAAAGUGCCAUUUUUAUUGAUGGGCUUGUUUGGUUCUGGUUAUUAUUAUCUUAAUGUCAAGUGGGUGGUUAAAUUGUGCAAUCAGAGGCUGUUAUUGGUGUUCUGAUAAUUCAUUUUUCAGCUAUAUUUCAGGUCUUUUUCUCUUCUCUCUCUCUGGAUUGAAGAUUUUGAUUUAAUUUCUUUUUCUUUUGUGUUCCAAAAGGCUUGUAAGGGUUUAAGAAAACGCUCAAGUGUUGUUCAUUUUUUGUUUUUGCACAAAAACAAGAGAGUAGUUCUAAUUUGUAGCUGUAAUAAAAAGAAGAUAAUAUAAAUAAAAGAGAUUGAACAGUAAAAAGUCAAUCUGAAAUUGGGAAGGAUUGGAGAUUUGGAGUGUUUGGCCGGUUGGGUUUCUUAGAUCUUGGGCAAUAUAGGUAUCUAGAUCUAGAAAUCUAGCUGAUUGGGUUCUUUUAUUUUUUUAUUUUUGAUGGAGUUUGUGAUUGUAUGAUUGGUCCAGAUACAGGGUAUAAAAAUUCAAAGUCUUGGGUUUUUUGGAUUUUUGACUUUUAGUUCAAGGAGUGUGUUCUGUCUUUAUAUUUGGUUGAUUGGGGCUUUGAAAGAUUCAAAUUUUGUGAAACAAAUUGAUCGAACUUUUUGGGGGGUUUUGGGUUUUUGUUCAAGUAGUGUUCUGUGUUCAUCUUUGGUUGAUUGGGGUUUUGAAAGGCUUUUUUCAAACUUUGUGAAACAGAUGGAUUGAACUUUUUGGGGUUUUUGGGUUUAUGUUCAAGGUGUGUUUUGUGUUCAUCUUUGGUUGAUUGGGGUUUUGAAAGGUUCAAACUUUGUGAAACAGAUGGAAUGAACAAGUGGUCUUUUUGGGUGCAAUGUUAAAAACAUUAGCACUUUGGUUUUUGAUAUCUUCUUUAAUCAUCUGCGUCUCUGCCACUUAUAAUGGAUUCUCCCACUGUCCUUGCGAAGACGAGGGGAUUUGGAGCAUACAGAGUAUUCUUGAGUGCCAAAAAGUGAGCGAUUUCUUGAUUGCAGUAGCGUAUUUUUCGAUCCCCAUCGAAUUGCUUUACUUUAUCAGCUGCUCGGACGUGCCAUUCAAAUGGGUAUUGGUUCAAUUCAUUGCAUUCAUAGUCCUUUGUGGAUUGACACAUUUGCUGAAUGGGUGGACAUAUUAUGGUCCUCACUCAUUCCAGUUGAUGCUGGCACUUACUAUUGCCAAAUUCCUCACAGCCCUUGUUUCCUGUGCAACUGCAAUAACCCUUUUAACUCUGAUACCUCUUUUGCUUAAAGUGAAAGUGAGGGAGCUUUUCUUGAAACAAAAUGUGUUGGAGCUAGACCAGGAGGUUGGGAUGAUGAAGAAACAGAAAGAAGCAAGUUGGCAUGUUAGAAUGCUGACCCACGAAAUUAGGAAGUCGCUCGAUAAGCACACAAUAUUGUACACCACUUUGGUGGAGCUUUCUAAUACCUUGGAUCUGCAGAAUUGUGCAGUUUGGAUGCCGAAUGAGAAUAAAACAAAGAUAAACCUUACGCACGAGUUGAAAGCAGAUUCUUCGAAGAAUUUCAGACCUUCACUUCCCCUGGAUGAUUUGGAUGUGUUAGAUAUCACAAAGAACAAGGGGGUGAGGAUGUUGAGGCCGAAUUCGGCACUUGCUACAUCAAGCAGUGGUGGGUUCGGUGAGUCAGGUGCUGUGGCAGCGAUUCGGAUGCCAAUGCUCCGCGUUUCAAAUUUCAAAGGGGGAACGCCGGAGUUUGUUGAGACUUGUUAUGGCUUAUUGGUUUUGGUUCUACCAAGUGCAAAUGACAGAGAUUGGAGUUACAGUGAGAUGGAGAUAGUGGAGGUAGUUGCUGAUCAGGUGGCUGUGGCACUUUCCCAUGCCGCAGUUCUUGAGGAGUCUCAGCUAAUGAGAGAGGAACUUGGAGCGCGAAAUCGCGUGCUGCAACAGGCUAAGGAGAAUGCGAUGUUGGCAAGCCAAGCAAGGAACUCUUUUCAAAAGGUUAUGAGCCGUGGAUUGAGGAGGCCAAUGCACUCAAUUUUAGGUCUACUUUCAAUCUUACAAGAUGAGAAAAUGAGUUCUGAACAAAGGAUUGUUGUUGACACGAUGGUGAAAACUAGCGGCGUUCUUUCAACUUUGAUAAAUGAUGUGCUGGAGAUUUCAGAUAAAGAUAAUGGAAGAUCCCCAUUAGAAAUGAGGCCUUUUCGACUACAUUCUACGGUUAGGGAAGCUUCAUGUCUUGUCAAGUGCUUGUGUGUUUAUAAGGGCUUCGGUUUUUCUACAGAUGUUCCAAACUCUUUGCCUAAUCUGGUGAUGGGCGAUGAGAGGAGGACUUUUCAGGUUAUAUUGCAUAUGGUUGGACAUCUAUUAAAUGUCAGUCAUGGAGGGGGCUUUCUGAUUUUCCGGGUUAAUUCAGAGAGCAGGAAUGAUAAAAUUCGGGCAACAUGGAGGCCAAGUACGACUGAUGACUAUGCAAACAUAAAAUUUGAAAUUGAAAUUACUGGUGGAGGUUCACAGUUUGAUGGCUCUAUUUCUACUAUAUAUUUUGGUAGUAGGAGGAACAACAUCAACGAAUUUAAGGAGGGCCUGAGCUUCAGCAUGUGCAAAAAGAUCGUGCAGAUGAUGCAAGGCAAUAUCUGGAUAUCCUCAGAUUCUCAGGGCCACGCACGAAGCAUAACUCUUAUUCUCAGAUUUCAAAUCCAAAAUUCUUUUACAAGACUGCUAUUUGAACAAGGAAAUUCCCCAGAGCAACCAAAUUCCAACUUUAUGUUCAGAGGCCUUCAAGUUCUUCUAGCUGACGAUGAUAAUGUAAACAGAAUGGUGACCAAGAAGCUGUUCGAGAAGCUGGGCUGCGAAGUAUCUGAUUUUUCGUCAGGGUCUGAGUGCCUGAAUGCUGUAGGCCAUUCCGGGACUUCUUUCCAAGUCGUGGUUUUGGAUCUUUACAUGCCUGAAAUGGAUGGGUUUGAAGUGGCAAUGAGGAUUCGGAAGUUCAGGAGCCGUAAUCACCCAUUGAUCAUAGCCCUGACUGCCAGCACCGAGGAACACAUGCUCGAGAGAUGCUUACAAAUGGGAAUGAAUGCAGUCAUUCGGAAACCUGUUCUCUUACAAGGGCUGGCUGAUGAGCUUCAUAGACUCCUGCAACGGGCAAAUGACUGAGCUUAGUAGUUCGUAAAGAUAGUAUGGCCUCUAAUUCUUCCAGAUACUCGUGAGGGUAUUCGAUCAACACAACUCCAGAUAGCACAGCAUAGAGAGGUGAUUUACAAUGGUAAACAAACUAUUGCUGUUCAUUCCACCUGCCACGGCUAUGAUUUAGCCUUAUUGCUAAAACUUUGUAGGGUUAACAAUAAUUUUUUUUUUCCUCUUAUAUGAACGAUACUCACAUAUUCAUUUAAUGUUACAUCUUGAAACUUAAUAAACUAAUUGAAGAUUUUGAUA